AGGACCCCGGUUCAAUUCCCAGUACCCAUACGACAGCUUACAACUCCAGUCCAGGGGAUCUGAUGCCCUCUUAUAGCUUCUAGAGGUAUUAGGUACAUGGCCAUACAUUCAGGCAAAACACCAUGCACAUCGAAAAAUAAAAAGGAAAAAAUUAAAUAAUAUUAAAGAACAGACACAGAGUGCUUAUCAAGGUGAAGGCCAGGGACAUUUUAGGCUUCACUGUUUCUAUGCGCCUAGCAUCCCUGAGAAGCAGGUGUCCAUCCUUUCCGUCCCCGGGUGGGUGUGCUGAGAGAGGGAUGCUGUAGACUCAGCAGCUGAGCCCUCAUUUUCUCGGUAGAGAGCUUGGCAACAUAUAAGGUCCCCUCCACCUUCCACAGUGGGCUGUUUCCUGCAUCCACACAGGAAAGGAAGCUUCAUGGCGGCACCACUCACUGUUAUUGGUGGGAAUGGCAGAAUACCAUGCGCACUCCAUGACCUGCCCCAGGGCAGUAUCCAUGCUACACAGCACCAGGUCUCUGAAUGCAGUGUCCUGGGUAGGUAUCCAUAGGAUCCAGAGCCAGAAUGUAGUCCAGCCCAACCCAUGGCUGCCGCUCAGAGCUGCCUCUUCCUACCCCUCCAGGCCUGCAGGGCAUCACAGAAAACACCGGCAAGAUGGACGGCCCCAGCAAUGUCUCACUGGUUCAUGGUGAUACCACUCUGGGCCUGCCAGAGUACAAGGUGGUCUCAGUCUUCCUAGUGCUCCUGGUGUGCACCACAGGCAUUGUAGGCAAUGCCAUGGUGGUCCUGGUGGUGCUGACCUCACGAGACAUGCACACGCCCACCAACUGCUACCUGGUCAGCUUAGCUCUAGCUGACUUAAUUGUGCUGGUGGCCGCGGGGCUGCCCAAUGUCUCUGACAGCCUGGUGGGGCACUGGAUCUAUGGACAUGCUGGCUGCUUGGGUAUCACCUACUUCCAGUAUCUAGGCAUCAAUGUCUCCUCCUGCUCCAUCCUGGCAUUUACUGUGGAGAGGUACAUCGCCAUUUGCCACCCAAUGAAAGCACAGACUGUGUGCACUGUGGCCCGGGCUAAACGGAUCAUCGCAGGCAUUUGGGGGGUCACAUCCCUUUAUUGCCUACUCUGGUUCUUCUUGGUGGACCUCAAUGUCCAUGACAAUCAGCGCCUGGAAUGUGGCUACAAGGUGUCCCGAGGCCUCUACCUGCCCAUCUACCUGCUGGACUUCACCAUCUUCUUCAUCACGCCCUUACUGGUGACCAUGGUGCUCUAUGGGUUCAUUGGAAAGAUUUUAUUUCAGAGCCCAUUGUCUCAGGAGACCUGGCAGAAGGCGAGACAACCCAGCGGGCAGGGUGAGGGUGCACCAGGCAGCUGCUCUAGGUCCAAGGGCUCCAUGUCCUCCAGGAAGCAGGCCACCAGGAUGCUGGCAGUGGUAGUGUUGCUUUUCGCAGUGCUGUGGACCCCCUACCGCACACUGGUGUUGCUCAACUCUUUCCUGGCCCAGCCUUUCCUGGACCCCUGGGUCCUGCUGUUCUGCCGCACCUGUGUCUACACCAACAGUGCCAUCAACCCUGUCAUCUACAGCCUUAUGUCCCAGAAGUUCCGGGCAGCCUUCCUGAAGCUGUGCUGGUGCGAGGCAGCCAGGCCACAGAGGCAUGCAGCAUGCGCCACCGCCAGCAGCCACAGUGCUGUCCAGGAGACCCCGGCGGGAACUGAGAAGCUGCAGCUGGGCUCCAGUGAGGCCUCAGGUCCCACAGCAGCCGGGUCCCUGCAUCGCCAGCAAGAGCCCCGCUUCAGUGUGCUCUGAGAGGAGCCCUGCCUGGCCCCUGACCCCACUCCCUGUGUUGACUUGCUCGCUGGCCUGGUUGAUACCUGCUCUGAGCGCUGGUGGAUUGCCAGGAGAGGGACAGACAGCUCAUUGCUUAUGGGUCACCAGGGGUCCCUUUACCAUGAAGGAGGACACGGGAAUGUUCUCAGCUGGAUCCUGGGUGGGUAGUUCUCUACUCUGAAGUGAUGCCGGUGGGGACAGAGAGGAAACUGGAGGCCCAGUCUUCACCCCCACCCCCUGUCUGAUCAAAACCUUUCAUCUGUUUCCACUCA